AUGUCUUCUGCAGAGAAUACCUGGGGGACGCUGAUCAAUUCAGACAAGAGUCCAGCCCCGCUGCUUGUACAGUUGUGUUUGGCGAUCGCCCAGUUGAUUCCGACAUUUGACAAAAAUGGCACUACUGAUAUUACCCCAGACAGACUCGCUACCUUUUACCAGAAAGUUGGUGGAAAUUAUGAUUCGUUAUUUCUCGAGACCAAGACACAAGCCUUGUCAUUCAUCUACCAGUCGCUUGGAUGUUUCCAUAGCCUCCAGCCCUCUCCCAAUCCAUAUGAACCGCCAUCUAUCCCCUCAUUACUUCCAAAUGGCUUCGUGCGCUGGCAGACAAUACAGCUGCUGAUGGACCCAGACGAACACUCGGUGUAUUUACAAAAUGCCAUGAGCCUAUGGGAUUUGGCAGAUUCAGAUGGACAUCCAUUCCCCAAGACGAUCCCCCGAGAUGCAUUUCCAGCAAAGCCAGACAAGGAAAUGCUAGAGUGGCAUGAAGGCGUGAGUCGGCGAUUGGAGCAUGACUAUGUGGCAAGACACGCGAAGCGUGCUUCACCGACCGAUUUUGGUACAUAUCACUAUCACUUCAGCGGGAAAGACCCUCUACCGGAAGAAGAUGAUCAGUUUAGUGGCCGAUCACGUCGCAAAGCAUCAAGUCGCCACGGCAAUGCAGAGCCUGGGCCUUCUAGCGGGCAUCGCCAUAGCAUGAAGGACCCUCUACCAGAAGAGUAUGCUGAGUUUGACCGCCCACCGCCUCGCAUGGCGUCCAAACGACACAGCCAUGCUGAACCUGAUCGGCCUAGCGGGAACCGUCACCACCGCCGACACCACAGCGGUGACUAUCCUCCCGUUUCUGGGCGCCGGCCGUUGAAGACUCGAUCUGGCUACUCAACACCCAGAGUUUCAUCCCCACCCGCAUGGGGUGAGCACCCGCCGCGCUCAGGAGGCCGAGACCAAUCAGCCGCUUAUGGCCGCCCCGAAAGCCCAGGGGCCAAAGAGCCAGGUAUCUUUGAUGCAUCAUCAGAAGAAGAAGAGUUGCCCCAACCCCCAGAACGAUCAAAUUCCCACCGCCACUAUGAAAAGCGGAACCUCUCCCCCCCCCUCAAACAAUCACGCCAGACGCCACUCUCACGAAGCAUACAUGCGCCGACCUUUCCGCGAUCGCUCCCCAGGCCCUGA